AUGGCAAAUGAAAGUACAGACAGUGAGAAGAGGAUCAAUGAAGAUUUGAUGACAAAAUAUGUAGACGAUGAUCGAUAUUUAACGUGGACGGAAUGCAUCGGGUUCGAAAGCAUGAACGAAACAUCAAAACCGGAGGAAUUAGAAUCUCCGGCAACUGCGCCGGGACGUACUACUGUCGAAUCAAGAUCAAGAAACGCUGAUAAAACGACACUGCCCAAGGAAUUCCCAGCAACAUUGCCAAGUCUGACCAAGAACGGCCGACCGAGGUUCAAUCUGGUGAAAACAAGAGGCAACGGACGGCUACAAAUUGUAAUGGUUCCGACCAAUCAUCCAGCCGUUCUGGUUGAACGCACCCCCGGAGAAGGUGACAAAGUCAGAAUCCGAUUUCACUGA